GAACCAGAAUCCCGACAGUAACUCUCAGCCAUUUUUUGUUGUCAUUAUCAAGCUUCUUCAAAAGUGACGCUUCGUUCUUCAUCUCAGUGCAUAUUUUCAAGUCUUUAGUCGAGCCUCCUCGCUAGGAAAAGCCUUGCAAACAUGUCUGACUUCAUCGAGAGCGAGGCUGAGGAGUCAGAGGAGGAGUUCGAGGAGAAAGACCUGAAGCCCAAGAAGACACAGAAAUUUAUGGAAGAUGAUGAAGAAGAGGAAGAAGAGAAUACUGAAGAUCAGGAUGAGCAUGGAAACCUGAGAGGACUCAUUGAUGAUGGCGAUGUGGAAGAGGAAGAAGCACAAAGUGGGAGAGAGGAUAGUGACUCCGGUGAAGAGGUCCGUCAUCGCCGCAGGAAACGAAGCUAUGAUGACUAUCUGGAUGAUGAUGAUCUGGACCUCAUCGAGGAGAAUUUAGGAGUGAAAGUGAAGAGAAGGAAAAAGAAGUACUCACGUGUGAAAACCAUGGAUGAUGAGGGGGAAGAUGAUGAGAAAGACCUGAUCGCUGAUGAGAUCUUCACUGGGGAUGGUGAUGGAGAGGUGGAGGAUGGAGAGACUGUAGACACACUUCACCCUAGAGAUGACGAAGAAGAGGAAGAUGAUGAGGAAUCUGAUAUUGAUGAUUUCAUUGUGGAUGAUGAUGGACAGCCCAUCACGAAAAAGAAAGGAAAGAAAUUCUCUGGCUACACUGAUGCUGCUUUGCAAGAAGCUCAAGAGAUAUUCGGCGGUGAUUUUGACUUUGCCGAGUUUGACACUGAGGCGUAUGAUCAUGCAGAAGAGGAAGAGGAGGAUCAGGAUGAUGAGUCAUGGGAUCGGCCAAAGAAGCAGACCAAGAGAAGAGUUGGCCGUCGUAGCAUAUUUGAGAUCUAUGAGCCCAGUGAGCUGGAGAGCAGCCACAUGACCGAUCAAGACAAUGAGAUCCGCUCCACAGACAUGCCAGAAAGAUUCCAGUUGAGGGCCAUCCCUGUAAAGCCUGCUGAGGAUGAUGAGCUGGAGGAAGAAGCUGAAUGGAUUUACAGGAAUGCCUUCUCCACACCGACCAUCUCCAUGCAGGAGAGCACAGACUACCUGGAUCGUGGGACAACCACUAAUUUCAGCAGAAAGGGCCCCAGUACUAUUGCUAAAAUCAAAGAAGCUCUGAACUUCAUGAGGAACCAACACUUUGAGGUUCCCUUCAUUGCAUUCUACAGGAAGGAGUAUGUGGAACCAGAACUGAACAUUAAUGAUCUGUGGAAGGUGUGGCAGUGGGAUGAGAAGUGGACUCAGCUGAAGACCAGAAAGCAGAACCUGACACGUCUUUUCCAGAGGAUGCAGUCUUAUCAGUUUGAGCAGAUCUCAGCUGACCCUGACAAGCCACUGGCUGACUCGACUCGUCCCCUAGACACUGCUGAUAUGGAGAGGCUGAAAGACGUCCAGUCUCUUGAUGAGCUGGGAGACGUCUACAACCACUUCCUGCUCUACUAUGGCCGAGACAUUCCUAAGAUGCAGAAUGCAGUCAAGUCCAACAAAAAGAAACUGAAAAAGAUCAAGGAAGUGUCAGAGGAAGAUGGAGAAGAGGCAGAAGUGGAGGAGGAAGAGGAAGAAGAGGAGCAAAAGGGUCCAGAUCUAAAACAAGCUUCCCGUAGAGAUAUGUACAGCAUCUGUCAGAGUGCAGGCCUUGACGGUCUUGCCAAGAAGUUUGGUCUGACCCCAGAGCAGUUUGGAGAAAACUUGCGAGACAGUUAUCAGAGGCACGAAACCGAGCAGUUUCCUGCAGAGCCUUUGGAGCUAGCCAAGGACUAUGUGUGCAGCCAAUUUAACACCCCGGAGGCUGUUCUGGAAGGCGCUCGCUACAUGGUGGCCAUGCAGAUAGCCCGUGAACCUCUGGUUAGGCACGUGCUCAGACAGACCUUCCAGGAGAGGGCCAAGAUUAACAUCAAGCCAACUAAGAAGGGCAAGAAGGAUGUGGAUGAAGCGCACUAUGCCUAUUCCUUCAAGUAUCUCAAAAACAAGCCUGUGAAAGAGCUCAGUGGAGAUCAGUUCUUGAAGAUGUGCCUGGCUGAGGAGGAAGGCUUGCUCACCAUAGACAUCUGCAUUGACCUUGUGGGAGUCAAAGGGUACGCAGGAGAUCAGACCUACUUUGAUGAGAUUAAGCAGUUCUACUACAGGGAUGAGUUCAGUCACCAGGUGCAGGAGUGGAACAAGCAGAGAACUCUUGCUAUUGAACGUUCCUUGCAGCAGUUCCUGUAUCCUCAGAUGGCCAAGGAACUGAAAAACAAGCUUGUCACUGAAGCCAAGGACAAUAUUAUUAAGUCUUGCUGCAAGAAGCUGUAUAACUGUUUGAAGGUGGCUCCUUAUCGGCCUGAUCAGCAGGUAGAGGAGGACGAUGACCUUAUGGAUGAGUCGCAAGGAAAGGGUAUCCGUGUACUCGGGGUGGCAUUUGCUUCCGGCAGAGAUACACCAGUGUUCUGCUCCCUCAUUAAUGGUGAAGGAGAGGUUGUGGACUUCCUCAGGCUUCCUUACUUCCUGAAGAGGAGAAAUGCAUGGAGAGAGGAUGAAAGAGAGAAAAAGGUGAAGAAAUAGAAGCCCUGCAAAAGUUUUAAACUUUCAUUGGACCCCAGCAUGCUGAUGCUUUAUUUGGAUGUGUGUAGUGAUGCUCAUAUGGUGAUGGAGGACAUCAAGCGCACCAUCAGUGAGCUGGAGCAGGACUCCUCUCUGCCUGCGGUGGGGGUGGAGCUGGUGGACAACGAGCUGGCUGUGCUUUAUAUGAAUGGCAAGAAGUCUGAGGCGGACUUCAGAGACUAUCCACCUCUGCUUCGGCAGGCUGUGUCUGUGGCUCGCAAGAUUCAGGACCCCCUAGUGGAGUUUGCCCAAGUCUGUAGCAGCGAUGAGGACAUCCUGUGUUUGAAACUGAAUCCCCUGCAGGAGCAUGUAGUGAAAGAGGAGCUGCUGGGUGCUCUUUACUGUGAGUUCAUAAACCGGGUGAAUGAGGUUGGUGUGGAUGUGAACCGGGCCAUAGCUCACCCUUACACCCAGAGCCUGGUCCAGUACAUCUGUGGCCUUGGACCUAGAAAAGGCUCACACCUGCUCAAGAUUCUUAAACAGAACAACACUAGGUUGGAGAACCGGACCCAGUUGGUCACCAUGUGCCAUAUGGGACCCAAAGUCUUCAUUAACUGUGCUGGCUUCAUCAAGAUUGACACUGCCUCUCUUGGAGACAGCACUGACUCCUAUAUCGAGGUCCUGGACGGUUCUCGAGUGCACCCUGAAACGUACGAGUGGGCACGAAAAAUGGCAGUGGAUGCUCUAGAGUACGACGAGUCGGCAGAAGAUGCCAACCCAGCCGGAGCACUAGAAGAGAUUCUUGAGAACCCAGAGAGGCUGAAGGACCUGGAUCUGGAUGCCUUCGCUGAGGAGCUGGAGAGACAGGGUUAUGGUAAUAAGGGAAUUACGCUGUAUGACAUUCGAGCGGAGCUUAGCUGUAGAUAUAAAGAUUUGAGAGCUCCGUACAGGCCUUCCAACACGGAGGAGGUCUUUAACAUGCUCACCAAGGAGACUCCUGAGACCUUCUAUAUAGGUAAACUGAUCACUUGUGUGGUGACUGGCAUUGCUCACAGAAGGCCACAAGGUGAGAGUUACGACCAGGCCAUCCGUAAUGAUGAGACCGGACUCUGGCAGUGUCCAUUUUGCCAGCAGGACAACUUCCCUGAGCUCAGUGAGGUGUGGAAUCACUUUGACAGCGGCUCCUGCCCUGGUCAAGCCAUCGGAGUGAGAACUAGGUUAGAUAACGCUGUCACAGGCUUCAUCCCAACAAAGUUUCUUAGUGACAAGGUGGUGAAGCACCCUGAGGAGAGAGUCAAGGUUGGCAUGACUGUGCACUGCCGCAUCAUGAAGGUUGACAUUGAGAAGUUCAACGUGGAUCUCACUUGUAGAACAUCUGACCUGAGUGACAAGAACAACGAAUGGAAGCUUCCCAAAGAUACCUACUAUGAUUUUGAUGCUGAGGCAGAUGAUGUGAAACAGGAAGAGGAGCAAAAGAAGAAACAGCAGAGAACCACUUACAUUAAGCGCGUGAUCGCUCACCCAUCCUUCCACAACAUCAACUUCAAACAAGCGGAGAAGAUGAUGGAAUCCAUGGACCAGGGUGAUGUGGUGAUUCGACCCAGCAGUAAAGGGGAGAACCACCUGACAGUCACAUGGAAGGUGGCUGAUGGGAUAUAUCAGCAUGUGGACGUGCGUGAGGAGGGUAAAGAGAAUGCGUUUAGCCUUGGACAUACUCUUUGGAUCAACACUGAGGUGAGCUGUUGCUUUGUGCAUUCAUCCUUUCUUGCCUUUGUACAGAAAAUGGAGGAGAUUCUCAUAAGGUCCAAAAAAGAGAAGCCGACAUUCAUCCCCUACUUCGUUUCAGCUUGUAGAGACCUGCCAGGCAAAUUUCUUCUGGGUUACCAGCCUAGAGGGAAGCCAAGGAUAGAGUAUGUAACCAUCACUCCAGAUGGCUUUAGGUAUCGUGUGUUAUCAUUUACAGUCAAUGGUCUCUUCCGCUGGUUCAAAGACCACUACCAGGAUCCUGUGCCAGGCGUCACACCAACCAGCAGCAGAACAAGAACACCAGCAUCAGUGAACGCCACACCUGCCAACAUCAACAUUGCCGACUUGACUCGAGCCGUCAACGCUCUCCCGCGAAACAUGACAUCCCAGAUGUUCAGUGCCAUAGCAGCGGUUACAGGCCAGGGCCAGAAUCCCAACACGACGCCGGCCCAGUGGGCCUCCAGUCAGUAUGGUUACAGUGGCGGCAGCAGUGCGGGAGGCGGCGGCAGCAGCAGCGCUUAUCACGUGUUUGCAACACCCCAGCAGCCAAUGGCCACCCCCAUGAUGACGCCCAGCUACUCUUACACCACACCUGGCCAACAGCAGGCCAUGACCACGCCCCAGUAUCCCAGCAGCACCCCACAGUCCUCACACGGACACCAUCAGCAUUCGUCCUCCACGCCAUCGUCCUCGUCAUCGAGAGUGCGGACGCCACAGCCCAAGACAAGUUCCCACACUGCUGUGGAUUGGGGUAAAAUGGCUGAACAGUGGCUGCAGGAGAAAGAAGCUGAGCGGCGGAAGCAAAAGACGCCCCGCAUGACGCCCCGACCUUCCCCCAGCCCCAUGAUCGAGAGCACACCCAUGUCCAUCGCCGGAGACGCCACUCCCCUCUUGGACGAGAUGGACCGAUAGGAGUAGGGAAAGGGGGUGUUCAGACAUCUCAUAUAAAACCCAAUCCAUCCACAUCCCAUCUCUCACCCUCCGUCUUUUGCUCUUUCGCUGCUAGAAGUAUUUCUUUGAGUCAUUCAGAGCUACUGAUACAAAGACAAACACUUGAAAUGUGUUGAUGACAAACAGAUUUAGGAAAUGGACCUACAAUAAACGUUUGUCACUAGGGUUUUCCUUUUUCUUUUCUUUUUUUUUUUUUUUUUUUUUUUAAGUAUGUGCAUAAUGCACCCCCUUUUUCAUUUCAGUUUUUUAACUAAAUUUAAAAGGAAAGGCUUAAAGCAUGAGACGUUGCAUGAUUUGUGCCCAUGGGAGCUGGUAUUCAAUCACCGUAAGAUCAUUAGUUCAGACCCACUCAGAGAGCUUUUCUUUCUUGUAUCUGGCUUAAACAUUUAAAUAAAACCCUGUUUCAGUAUGAACCAGAGCACUGUAAUGAUUCAUAAUCCGUGUUCUGUUGAGCUGUUACGCAAAGAAUUAAGCACUGGGGAGAUUUGUAAAGCUAUUUUGCCAUUCUUUUAUCAGCUAAAAAAUGAAGUAUGUGACUUUGAAAGAGAUCCUGUAAAUGUCAUGUUUUUGGGGCCAUUACAGUGAUCAGAACAUAAGCAUUUUAAAUUCAGAACUGAUGAAAAAUGAUGUUUUUAAGGUCAUCUUUGAGUUUUCCAAGUUCAGAAUCCGAUAUCACUUCUCAUAAUGUGCUUAUACAAGUAAACUGAACUAUUGUGCUAGAAGAUAGAGUCCUCUGAUCAGUUUUUUGCUUUUUUAGUUUGGGGGCUGUUUGUGAAUGUGUCUUUGCUGGGCCAGACUUCCUCAAGGCGUUUCCACACAUGCUGUUUUUUACUUCAUGUACAAUCCCAUGUAUCACUAUAGACAGAAAUUGUGACAUUUAAGCAAAAUGAACUUUAUGAACAAGCUCCUUAUACUGUGACAAUAUUUUCACACACCAAAC